AUGCCCGUGCCCUUGCCAGAGCACUACACCUUUGUCAGGGACCUCGGCGAGGGCACCUACGGCACGGUGGUUCUGGCGCGCGAUGAUCGGCGGUCCCACACGGACAAUCCCUUCGUGGCCAUUAAGGUGAUCGACACGCGUCAGGUGCAGCAUAAGUACAUCCGGCAGGAGGUGAGCGUGCACAAGUCCGCGAGGCACAAGCACAUUGUGCACGUGCACGAGAAGGUGGAGAUGGAGGAUGACUUCGUGGCGCUGGUGAUGGACUACGUCCGAGGCGGUGACCUGUUCGCCUACGUGUCGAAGAGGAGGUGCCUGCCCGAGCAUCAGGCGCGGUGGAUCUUCCAACAGCUCAUGUACGCAGUCCUGUACCUGCACGAGUCGGUCGGCGCCGCGCAUCGAGACAUCAAGCCCGAGAACAUCCUCAUAGACGACUCGGACGCCGACUUCCCCUCUAUCUACCUUACGGACUUCGGCUUCGCCAAGUACAGCGGCGUCAACCCCACCAUCUCCAACGUCGGCACCCCCACCUACCUGGCCCCCGAGGUCUUUCACAGACGCGACAAGUCGGCCACCGCGUACAACGGCCAGAUGGCGGACAUAUGGUCCUGCGGCGUCUGCCUCUUCGUCAUGAUUUACGGCAUCUACCCCCAGCUCACUAACGCCGGGCCCGGCCGCGACCCCCAGUACGUCGUGGACCUGGACGGGAUCCAGUGCUCGCUGUACGAAUCGGUGAGGGUGGGCGGAGUGUCCAAGAGGGUGAGCGAGGGCGCCAUGCGCCUGAUCAGGGGAAUGAUGGCGCCCAACCCGGCGUCCAGAGCGACGCUAGCGGACAUCUGGAGGGACCCCUGGUUCCUUAAGGACAUUCCGAAGGACGUGGGGAGGGCUCUGCCGCGGGGCACGGCGGCGUUCUCAUCCAGAUAG